GUACGUACGUAGGUACGCGAUUGAUUGAUUGGUGGGGAGGUCGAGUGAGUGUGUAUACGUGUGCCAUUUCAUCGCUCCAAAUUCCGACGAUGUACGCCUUUUUUAGGGCGAGCCUAUUUUAAUUUACCCCAUUUAAUUAAUUGUUUUUGCACAGGAUAAUUCUGCAAAGAAGCCAGCAGUGAUGAGUGGCCAGCAGUCAAGUCCAAGACCACAGGCUUCUGCCAUGGCAACAACCCCACCCAACUCGGUCACAAUGCCACCUGCAAACCCGCCAUUAUUAGUGGAGCAACCCAAACAUCCAAUGACAACACCAUCUCCUUCAUCUUCAUCAGUGACCAUCCUUCCCCCUGCAGUCCCACCCCCUGCCCACCAGCGGCUCACUUUACCUCCUCCAUCUAGCUCCAACACUUCAGGUGGCCAUUCCCCAACUGCAGGUCUUGGCCCACCCGUCCUCAGUCCAUCCCAUCAUCAGCAUCCUGCUCUCUACCCAAGUGGCUCCUCCCCAGUUUCAGCCCCACCCAUUCCCAUGACUGUCACCAGCCCCAUUGGCAAGCACGGCGGCAGCCUUGGCGCACUGACCGCCUCUGUCAAUGCCCUCCAGCGCCCCACCAGUACCUCGGGCCACUACCUGGUCCAGCACUCGCCCAAGAGUCCUCCCUCCACGGCCCUGGUCAGUGGCAUUCCCUCGGGCAUCCGUCUGCUUCGGCAACCCUCCCUCAAAAGCCCCUCGGGGGCCCGUUCAGAUCAAGCUGUCAUCAUCACCACCCAGACACCUAUCUUUAAUCGGUCCCACCACUUGCCCACCACGGCCACCGUGAUCAGCCCCUCUGGGACCACCACCACCGUGUCUACAUUAGUGCGGGUCACGCCUUCCAUGCAGCAGGCCAUUCACCACCCCCAGCAGCCACGCUUAAUCAUCCAGCCAAGGAUGAUGGGAAACCUGGGGCUGAUCACAACAGCUGAUGGUCCUUUGAUCCGUGGGGUCACCCCGACAUGUUCCAUGGUUAACCCUACUGUCAUCAACCCUUACAACGUUAGCCAGUCCAAACUUCACUCUGCCCUGACAGGGUUUGGAGAUGGGCACCCUCCGCGAAUCCAUCUGCCCCCCUCUCCCCACGGGCCCCUCAGCCUGGUAGCCCAAGUCCAACCACAAGGCAAAAGUACCUUUGCCCUACAUCCCCAGAAAUCCAUUGCUACAUCCAACCUUUCCCUCCAUCCGCAAAUGAGGACGAUUGCUCCUGCCAGAUCCCCAACCUCACAUGUCCCUCUGCAGCCCAAACGUCCCCCACCUUACUCCUCUGGUCCUUCAACCCCCCUCUCCCAGCACCCCCUCUCCCCAGGUGCAUCAGAUGCUAUCAAACACACCAGCUCCAAAGUAAAGCCUCCUACAUCAGCCCCAAAGUCUGGACCGCAAGUCAAGCCCAUCAAACCAGUGCAGCAGCAAGCGCAGAGGUCAGGGGUUAAGGUGGUGAAACCAGUCCAGCGGGAGAAGAAGUCACAACCUGCUCCAGUGCCCGUCCCUCCACUGGUUAUUCCUACUGCUCCAGUCAGGCCUGAUGUGAGCUCAACAGUCCAGCCUCAGCAGUCUCACCCUCCCUCAAGCCAACCAGAGAUAGUCAGUCCACAGCGAAGGGCUGAGGUAGUUGGGGUGACAGAAGGAGUGGCACGAGUGGAGAGACAGGUCCCCAAAGCGGUGGUCAAACCCCAGGUGCUGACCCAUGUCAUUGAUGGGUUUAUCAUCGAAGAAUCCAAGGAGCCCUUUUCAAGCUGGAAACAGACAGGAGGCGCCAGCCUACCAGCCACAAGAAUCAGUCCCUCUUCCUUGUGGUCAGAUGACUACCCACAACUUGACGCCAGUCUGCAACGAUCUCGGAAUGUCCAGGAUGGACAGCUGGAUGGGUCGCAACCCCAGAAACGAUCAGCCACUUCCGAAUGUCUGGAGGAUUCUGACCACACCCCUUUGCGCUGCGAGUUCUGUGGCAAAAGGGACCGUCCGCACAAGUUCAAGCGUUCCAAACGUUUCUGCUCCCUGGCCUGCAGCAAGCGCUACAAUGUGGGCUGCAGCAAGCGGCUAGGGCUCUUUGCCCCACAGCGAGAGAACUCUGAGCGGCUCAAGCACAAGCUGAAGUUACAGACCAAGGCCAAGCCGCUGAAGGGUUCAAGGGGGAAGCACGGACGUCUCAGCUUCAAUGUGGACCGGCCCUGGUGCCAUCUGCUCAAUGCGAAGUCUUUCAAUCCCUUCAUACAGACAAACAGAGUGUAUAGCCAAGACCCACCCCCAGGCACCUCUGGCUCCGCCCCUUUGCCCCAGAGUUCUAAUCCCACUUCUGCCAACACCAUGGGCCAGGACAGGGACAGUAACAGCAGUGCGGGCCCCUCUGAGGGCUCUUCCUCUAUGGAAUCCUCCCUGACCCUAUCACCAGCCCCUAACAGUGAUGAUGCCGAUGACACCACACCAGUCUCGGAUGAUGCAUUUGAUGACCCAUCUGGGCUUGGAGACGACCCGGCCAAGUGGUCUGUCCAGGAUGUCUAUGAUUUCAUCCGUGACCUGCCUGGUUGUUCUGACUAUGCCGAUGAGUUUCUACGUCAGGAGAUUGAUGGUCAGGCUUUGAUGCUCCUUAAAGAGGACCACUUGAUGACGGCAAUGAACAUGAAGCUGGGCCCUGCUCUCAAGAUAAUCAGUCGCAUUUACUCUCUGAAAGAGAAGCUUUAGUGGAUUUUGUCAACUCUGGUGCCUGUGUGAUCAGCCCUUUACCUUGUCAUGUGUUCACAGGAAGCAAGACAAACAUGGCUGCCUCCAUGCAGUAACAAGCACAAACUGGGGCUGACGUGUAACAGUAUUUCAAUGUCGACAUUUUUGACAGGCUUGAUAAUAUGAUGUGUUAUGUCCUGUGGUAAGGAUCGAUUGUGAUAGUAAUUGUGAACAGUGUUAUACUUUUACAAGUGAAAGCAUGUUGGUUAUGUAAUGCCUCCCUGUGAUCAAGGUACAUUUUUGCAUGAAGAAAAAAAACACAUUUUGUAAUGCUAAGUAAAAAUAUAAUAACUUUGCAGAAUGUAGAAGAUACAAAAUGGUGUAUUGUGAUGUUAGUGCUCUAACAUACUUUUCACCUACAAAAUGUACUGAUCAUGCAGUUUUGUUGAUAUUGUGUUUUAUGUAAAACAUUUUGUGUGCUUGUCAACUGUAUAUAAGUAUGCUAAAUGUAUUGUCUGUAGUUACUGUACCUAGAUAUCAGUGUUAUACCCAGUUCAUCAUAAAUCUAUCACAAGUGCGAUCUCAAGGAAAUUAUCACAAGUCAGUCCACAUGUCUGGUCACAAGUAAUGGGGUGACCAUGUCACGGUUCAUUUGAAAAGCUAGUGACUGGACUUGAGACUACAGCGUGUGUCA